AUGGAUGAGCAAACAUACUCUAUUGACAAGCUAGUUUCACUUUAUAACGAAACUUCAGAGCCAAACUGGGCUACUGAUGCAAGUAAUGUUGCUUGUGAUCCACACACUCCAAUUUCAAAUUAUGACUUUCCUCCUUCAAUUGAUGUAGCUGAAGAAAAUCACAAAGAAUAUGAAGAAAAUGAAGAUUGUAAUGCCAGCAAGCAAGAUUCCAGUAAUUUUUCAGCUAAACAAAAUGAAAAUCAAGAUACUGACAAUUCUACAAAUAAUCACAAUGAUACCCAGCGUGACAGUUUACAAAGCAACAACAUUAAUGAUGCAAUUACUGAGAAAAAUGAAGAAAAAACAAAUGAAGAAAAUAUUUCAAAGGAAACAGAUCAAAACUCAAACUUAACAGAAGAAACAACAGAUUUGCAGCAAAAUCAUACCGAUUCUACUGAAUUUACAAACGAAAAAUUGGAGAUUUCAAAUCAAAAUGCCGAAAUCAAAGAAGAAACAGAACAAAACAAUGAAAACACUGAUGAAAACAACAAAGAAGAGAAGUUUAUUGGGUUUAUGACCGCUAGUGGUAAGAAACCACUUACUCCAUCAGAAGAUUCAUUAAAGAAAGCACAAAAACUACUUGAAAACAACAAAAACAUUGCAAAUGAAUCAAUUUCUACAAAUCAAAAAGAAAUUACAGCGAAAUUUGAUGAAUCUAAUCAAGAUUCCAAAGAAAUACCAAAUGAAAACACAAACAAUGAACAACUUAAUGACAAAAAUCAGUUUCUUGGAUUCACAACAGCUAAUGGUAAAAAAUCAAUUGUUCCUUCUGAAGAAUCAAUGAAAAAAGCAAAGAAUUUGAUGAAAUCUGCUGAAAUAGAAAGAGAAAAUCAAUUUGUUGGAUUUACAACUGCUAAUGGAAAGAAAUCAUUAAAUCCAUCAGAAGAAUCAAUGAAAAGAGCACAAAACAUGUUUAAUAAUGAUGAAAAUCAGAACCAAUUUGUUGGAUUUACUACAGCUAGUGGAAAGAAAUAUUUGCAACCAUCAAAAGAAUCACUAAGAAAAGCAGAGAAUUUAAUGAAAUCUGCCGAAGAAGAAUUCAAAGGAUUUACAACAGCAAUUGGAAAAAGAAAUUUAAAUCCAUCUGAAGAUGCAUUAAGAAAAGCACAAAAUAUGUUUAGUGAUAAUAAUGAACAACAAUUUGUUGGAUUCACAACUGCAAAUGGAAAGAAACCAAUUAUUCCAUCAGAAGAAUCAAUGAAAAAAGCACAACAAAUUAUGGAUAAUGCAAGAGAAGAAAGUAAACAAGAAUUUGUUGGAUUUAGUACUGCAAAUGGUAAAAAAUCUUUAAUUCCUUCUGAAGAAUCACUAAGAAAAGCAGAGAAUUUGAUGAAAUCUGCUGAAAUAGAAAGUGAAAAACAAUUUGUAGGAUUUACAACUGCCAAUGGAAAGAAAUCAUUAAAUUCAUCAGAGGACUCUUUAAGAAAAGUACAAGGAAUGUUUAAUGUUAACAAUGAACAGCAAUUCAUUGGAUUUUCUACAGCCAAUGGAAAGAAACCAAUUGUUCCAUCAGAGGAAUCAUUAAGAAGAGCUCAACAAAUAAUGAAUGCAGCAGAACAAGAAAGUAAGCAAGAAUUUGCAGGUUUUUCAACAGCUAAUGGCAAAAAGUCUUUGAUGCCUUCAGAAGAAUCAUUAAGAAAAGUACAAAAUAUAUUUAACGAUAAUAAUAAUGAACAACAAUUUUCUGGAUUUAGUACAGCAAAUGGAAAGAAGCCAAUUAUUCCUUCUGAAGCCUCUAUUAGAAGAGCACAACAAAUCAUGGAUUCAGCAGAAAAUGAAAGUAAACAAGAAUUUUCAGGUUUUUCAACAGCAAAUGGAAAAAGAAGUCUGAAUCCAUCAGAAGAAUCAUUGAGAAAAGCACAAAAUAUAUUUAAUGAUAGUAAUGAACAACAAUUUUCUGGAUUUAGUACAGCAAAUGGAAAGAAAGCAUUAGUUCCAUCUGAAGAAUCAAUGAAAAAAGCACAACAAAUAAUGAAUGAUGCAGAACAAGAAAGUAAACAACAAUUUAGUGGUUUUUCAACAGCGAAUGGUAAAAAAUCAUUAAAUCCAUCAGAGGAAUCAUUGAGAAAAGCACAAUCAAUUAUGGAUUCAGCUGAAAAAGAAUAUGAACUAAAAAGAACUCCAAAAACAUCUAUCUCCAAAAAUUCAGAAAUUCCUCUUCCUUCUUUCGAUGAUUUGUCACAAAGAUCAUCUCAAUCAUCAGCUGUUUUAAGAACUCCAAACAGAACAACAUUUCUUGCCUCUCCAUCUCCUUCUUCAUUCAAGUUCUCUCCUUCAGGAAUGGCAUUAUCUAACUAUGUUGGAAAUUCUGCAAUGGCAACUCCAACAAAACCAAAACCAACAUCUACUUUAGUCACUUCACAAUCAAAUAGAAACUCUCAAACACCACAAGGAAAGAAACCUUUCAAACCGCCAACAAUGACUUCUAAAACUGCGCCAGUAACUCCAAUGAAAAGUGACACAAAGACGAUAGCAAAACCUGAUCGUUUAGUGACAGUUUUUGAGAUGCCGAACAAUAUAAGAAGGGAAACAUUGAAAGAAUAUUCGAAGUACAAAGGAGUUCCAAAAAGGGAAUAUGAUCCAAUGGAAUUUACAUCUGAUGAUGCUUUAAAUUACAGAUUUCCUCCUCCUGAUUAUCGCGGAGUUAAUGAUAUAUAUGUUGCUUUGUUAGAAAAGAAUGUUGAUCCAUUACUUCUAAAACCAUCAUGGGUGAGAAAUCAUUACAAAUGGAUUGUUUGGAAAUUGAAAUGUUUAGAUUUAUCAUACAAAGAAAUUAAUCAACAAAAUAACGAACAAAUUCUGACAUUUGACAACGUUUUGUCAGAAAUGUUAUUUAGAAUACAAAGAGAGAUUUACGAAGCAAAAAGAUCAUCACUAAAACUAAUCCAUGAAAGAGAUGCUCCCCCUAAUUUAUUCAUUAUUCUUGCCGUGUCAAAAAUUCUUGAUGACGGUUUGAUUGAAUUAACUGACGGUUGGUAUUCAAUACAAGGAGCAUUAGACAUUAAUUUGAACAAACUCCUUAAAGAAGGGAAGAUAAAUGUUGGUGACAAAUUGAGAAUUUGCAAUGCGACACUUGAUGGAGAAGAUGCAUGUGAUCCAUUGGAAAGCAAAGCAAACAGCACGAGAUUGAUGAUGAGAAUGAAUUCAGUUCGAAGAGCAAAAUGGUAUGAGAGUUUAGGUUUCCAAAAGAUCGCUUUGUUCCCUGUAAAUAUAAGGAGUUUGGUUGGAAAUGGAGGAUUAGUUCCUUACAUAGAAGUAAUAAUUCAAAAGAAAUUGCCACUUUUAUUCAGAGAAUCAAAAAGUGACGGAACAUCAGUUGUCAGAAACCAAACUCUCCAAAACAUAUACGAAAGAGAAAGAGAGAACCAACUCCAGAAUGAUCUGGAAAAGGCAAGAAUACAGUGGUCAAAAGAACUAGAAGAAGAUGGAACAGAUUCUUUAAACGAAUGUCCAAAAUUGAAAAUUUAUUUGAAAAGUGACAACCCAUCAUUAUAUUUGAAUAGUUUACAAAAUGACGAUAGAAAAGAACUUGAAUUUUAUAUCAAGAAACAUGAGAAAGAAGUAGACGAAUUCUACAGGAAUUAUACUGAAGAAUUCAUGAAAGAUUACAAAACAGAGUCAACUCCUUUCUUCACAGUACUUUGUACUGAUCUUUGUCCGUUUAAAAAUAAUGAUUGUGAAGUCACUUUUUGGAGACCAUCUUUGGAAUUAUUUGACACUUUACAAGAAGGUUUAUGUGUCAGAAUUUAUCAUUUAGGGUCCAGUGAAACAAGAGGAAACAGACUGACAUCAAAAGGAAAUCCACACAUAGAUAUUUUAAGUCCUCAACCAAAACUGUCACGUUUUCUGUUUAGACCUCGUCACGUUUUUGAAAAUUUCAGUGAAUUAUGGAGAUUUGGAAAAAUAGGACUAUCUACAGGAACUUUUGUUGAUAUCAAUGGUUUCGCGUUGAUGUCUGAAAAUAAUUGUCUCUUCGUUGUUGACGGUUCGGCGGUUUUGACAUGUAUUGAAGCGAGGUUGUCAAAACCGGAAGAUAUUCUCAAUUUAAACGGUUUUGUGACGAUAGAAAAUCUGAAAUACCAAAGUUUAGAUGAUUCAUCAGGAAUUAUUUUGUUGUUGGCAAAUGAGUCAACCGUUUUUAACCGUUCACCUAACAAACAAAACCGUUUUAUUUGGGAUUAUUUCCAGAAUGUUGUUAAACCAGGAAUUGACUUCAAAAAAUACUCGAAAUUCAUGAAGAGAAUCAUUUUGGGCCAAAGAACAAAAUUAAAUCAUCAAAUAUCAGAUCUGACAGUGUCAAAACCGUUAUCAAGUAUUUUGACAUUUUUGCCAUUUGACAAAAUUGAAUUUGCCAAAAAAGACGAUAAACAUAUUGUUUUCUUUGGUUUGACAGGAGAUGAAAAUUCCAUUGACAAUUUGACAAACAACGAUUAUUUUGUCAGUGGACUGAAUUUGAUGAUGAAAGUCACAGAUGGAAUAGGAACUUCAUUCUUGAGAAUCAAUGCAUUGAUUAUUUACAAAUUCUUUGUUUCUUUUUCGACUCAAAUUUCAAAUUCGAUGAGAAGGAAAUUGACAAAGUUUUAUGAUGAUUUCUUUUCUCAAAAAGACGAAAAAGAUAUUUUGGGACACGUCAGAUCGAAGAUAUUGGAGAAUUUCCAGAUUGACACGAAUUCAAUUGAGACAGUUACAAGAGUUUUAAUUUACCACGGAUACAUUUGUUAUGAUGAGAAAACAGCGAAGAAUUUACUUACAAAAAUUGCGGUAAGUCCUGUUUUUCCAUUCAGAGCUGAGGAAUGGAUGAAUUUCUCUGUUCUGUUGAGUGACGCAUUAACUGAAUGCGAAUUCUCUGUUGAAUACUUCUCUGGAGAUAAUGGAGAUAACAUUGUUAUCAACGCCUCAUCAAUUGGAGCUGUUGACAACAAAACAUCAAUCAAAUCUCUCAUGGAAUCAUUUUAA